GUAUUUACUAUUUGAUUGCACUAUUAAAAAAUUCAGUGAUAAAUCGAUUGGUCGAACGAUAAUCGCAAAUGACUUUGUAUUGUUAAACAAAGAAAAAAAGGAAAAGACAAGAGAAGAGGAAAGCGCCGACGAAAAACGCCGUCGGUUGAUACUUCCUUUUAAAUCUUCAAUGUCUCGGAAAUUUGCAAAUGAAAUUCCACACCACGACCGACUAAUUAUCCAGAAAAUUCGAAAAAUCGAGGUAGAUGUGCUCAAGAAUCGGGAAGCAAAUUUUUCACGCCAUCUAAAAAUCAAGGAGAUAUCGAAACCAACAGUAAGCACAAAAUGGCUCGCAUAAAAAGACAUCGAAAUACGCAAAGCCACCAAAGAAUGAGUGAGUGAUUAUUUUGACGCACUAAAAAAAAUUUUUUUGAUUGUUUUUUUUCUCUCUUUUAACAUUUCUAUAUAUUUGUUAAUCUAACACGCAACAGACUUUAUUUAAAUUUUAAUUGGUAAUAUAAUAUGGGCAAAAUUCCAUUCUUUCUAAAUUUCUUUUUUAUUUGUUACGCUUACCAAUAUAUAUAUAUACUAAUCAAUCAUAAAUGUUUUACAGUAUUAUUAUUAUAUUUAUGCUGCAAACCAAUUUGCUUCAUUAAACUAGUAUUAUCUAAACUCCCUUUUUAUCCGUAAAACCAGAAUUAUAUCUGCUACGAAUUAAUUUGUAUUAUUUCAUAGUAUUCAAGAUUAUUAAAUAUACAACUUGUUUGUAUUCAAAACGCACUUUCGAUAUUGGUUGAUAUAAUAUAUUCUAUAUCAGCAUUAAUCAUCAUUAAUAGAGUGCGUCAGUAUAUUUCUCUUAAUUUUUCACAGCCUCUCGAUAUAAUCCUAAACAAUGCAAAUUUAAGAUUCUUUGUAUAAAGGUAAAUAUCGACUCAACCUAAUGUAAUUUCUGUACAGAACCCCGUCGCCACAAGCCGAACAUUCCCGAGUUAAUAUACAAGUUCCUUGUCGACGACACGGAACGUGCUCUCUCAACCAAGUGUCGCUGCUACAACCAAGAGAACGCGUACCACGACGAAGUCGUAGAUUCCGCGGAUACUUCGGGAAUCGCCGGCAGGAACAUGGGCUAUAGAGUGCGCAAGGAUAACGGGAGGAUCUCGAAAACGCGCGGCAUCAAGCGACCUAAUUCCAGAGAUCUACCGAUUUCGUACUUGCAAAAAUGUAUAGGUGGCGAAGGCUCGAAAAAGGCAAGAAAGUACAUUAAAAAGGCAUUAGACUUUGCUGUCGAGUCCGGCUAUCUCAUUCCUUCUGACUCCACGUAUAAAGUUCUACGCGUAUCCUCGGAUUUGAUGAAAAGCGAUCCGCGGACGAACAGAAUUAAUACAUGCGACAGGGCUCUGUCUAAGGAGCGCGACACCCCAACCAAGCUCGAGGAUCUCCAGGUGCAAGAGCAAAGAAGGAGACGAAGAAGGCGAAGAAGGCGAAGGAGGAGCACAGGACGUCCAAGAUCGAGAAGCGACUCGAGAAGAAGAGGUCGCAGAAGCAGGAGAGGCGGGAGGAGAAGGAGGAGAAGGAGGAGUAGGAGCAGGUCGCCUAGCAGAGUGCGCAGUAGAUACAGCAGCCCGCAGAAUCCCGAAGAGGUUGCCGAGGAUGAGGCGGACGAUUACGAGAUGGAUGAGAACGAUCGAAAGAGCAAUAUUCACACGGACGACAUAGAAAGGGAGCCAAAGACCAUACGAUCGAACCAGUCCGACGAGGAGCAAUCCAUGAAGAAGACGGAAGAAAAUGGCUCGGAUUUAUCCGUCGACGAGGACGAAACCGACGACGAGGAAGAGAAAAAGAGAACUGACGUUACGAAAUCUUAACCAUCGAUCUUGAUUACAAUUUUUUUCUUUUUUUUUUUAAAAGAAGCUUUCGUUUAAUAUUAAUAAUUUAACAAGUGACAGAAAAUUAAUUUUGUAUAGAAUCGCUCGAUUUAUUUACACUUUGAUAUUCGUUUACAAUUCCAAACAUGUGAUACAAUGUAAAUGUA